AUGGAUGGGGAGGCGGCCGCGCCACCUGCCACCGGGGUCCUGGGUGGGUGCGGCGUCUCCCGCCCCUCCAAAAUUCCCGUCCCGCCGGCGGAGGCCGAAGGAGACCGGCCCUGCGGGUCCACUGCGGCGGCGGCCAUCCGCGCCGUGCCUUUGGAUGACGCCGCCAUCGGGGAGGCUGACAAGCUGUUUGGGAAACGUCUGCUGCAGGCUGGGCGUUACAUCAUGUCCAAUAAAUCGUGGAUGAAAACGGUCCCCACAGAAAACUGUGAUGUGCUGAUGACUCUGGCAGAUACAACUGAUGACCACACAUUACUAUGGUUGUUGAACCACAUCCGUUUGGGAAUCCCAGAGCUCAUCAUCCAGAUUCGGCACCACAAGCACACCCGGGUCUAUGCAUUUUUUGUCACAGCAACUUAUGAAAGUUUGCUCCGGGGGGCGGACGAGAUUGGUUUGCGGAAGCCUGUGAAGGCCGAAUUUGGGGGUGGCAUGCGCAGUUUCUCCUGCGAGGAAGAUUACAUCUAUGAGAACAUAGAAAAUGAACUCUAUUUUUUCACUUCUCAGGAACGCCAAAACAUCAUCAGGUAUUGGCUGGAGAACCUGCGGGCCAAGCAGGGUGAAGUGCUGCACAACAUCCACUUCCUGGAAGGGCAGCCAAUCAUCCCUGAGCUGGCUGCUCGUGGUAUCCUCCAGCAAGUCUUCCCCAUCCACGAGCAACGGAUUCUGAACCGGCUGAUGAAAUCAUGGGUACAAGCCAUUUGUGAAGCCCAGCCUUUGGAUGAAAUAUGUGACUAUUUUGGGGUGAAGAUUGCCAUGUACUUCGCAUGGCUGGGCUUCUACACGUCAGCCAUGGUGUACCCUGCUGUGUUUGGCUCCCUCCUCUACACCUUCACAGAGAAUGAUCAGACCAGCCGGGACAUUUGCUCUGUUAUAUUUGCCAUCUUCAAUGUUAUCUGGUCCACCCUGUUCCUGGAGGAGUGGAAACGCCGGGGAGCCGAAUUUGCGUACAAGUGGGGAACAUUGGACACACCAGCAGAAUCCAUUGAAGAGCCUCGGCCACAGUUCCGGGGUGUGAAGCGCAUCAGUCCAGUGACCAACACAGAAGAGUUCUACUAUCCGCCUUGGAAGCGGUUGCUCUUCCAGUGUUUGGUGAGCGUGCCCAUCUGUAUCUUCUGCCUCUCCUUUGUCUUCCUUACCAUGCUGGGCUGCUUCGAAUUGCAGGAAUUUGUGCUGAGCAUCAAGGAACUGCCGCGCCUUGUUCGCUUCUUGCCCAAAAUCAUGCUGGCCGUCAUCGUCACCGUCUGCGAUGAAGUCUACAGAAAAAUUGCCUACUGGUUAAAUGACAUGGAAAAUUACCGCUUGCAGAGUGCCUACGAAAAACACCUCAUCAUCAAAAUGGUCCUGUUUCAAUUUGUAAAUUCAUACCUAAGUCUUUUCUACAUUGGAUUCUACCUCAAAGACAUGGAGCGCCUCAAGGAGAUGCUGGCUACACUCCUCAUCACCCGCCAGUUCUUGCAGAAUAUUAAGGAAGUCUCACAGCCCCACUUAUACAGCAAGUUCAAGCAUGGUGACUUCAGUAUGCAAAACCUUCGGGAGGUGACCCAUACCCUCUUCCGCCUGCUGACCCAGAAGUACACAUUCACCACAUCGUAUGGCACCAACCCUCGGCACCCCAGGCAUGGUGACUCGCCGGCGGGCCACAGGCCAGAGGUCCACGAGGCCCCAGAGGGGGCCGCCAAAGGGGAGAAGAAAUGCCUCAAUGGGGGGUGCGGCGUGCCUGAAGAAGAGGAAGAGGAGAAGAAGGAAUCAGACUCAGAAGAUGAGAGCAUCAUUGACUGUGGGUUGAAGCUGAAAAAAGUGAGCUUUAUUGAAAAGGCUGACCGCAAGACGGGGGAUCCCAGCUUAGAGGACAUGAGCUUCCUGGAAGAAGGUAGUCCCACCAUGGUGGAGAAAGGGAUGGACCCGUCCUCGGUCUUUGAGCUGUGUGAAGAUGAUGAUGAGAGUGACGAAGCCUCAGAGAGCCCGUUUAAGACCCUACCAGAAGCUAAGGAGCCAGCUGUUAUUAUGCGGACUCGGAGGGCACGGGUGGGCAAGAACCUCACAGAAGGGGAGGAAGAAGAAGAAGAAGAAGAAGAAGAGGAAGAUGGUUAUGAGAAUCGAAGACAUGCCAGGUCCUCAUGGAUCGAUCCACCAGAGGAGAACUACACCACGCAGCUUGCCCAAGCCGAAGUGGAGAGCUGCAUGAAAAAAUAUGAGGACACUUUUCAAGAUUACCAGGAGAUGUUCAUCCAAUUUGGCUACGUGGUCCUCUUCUCGUCGUCUUUUCCCUUGGCUGCACUGUGUGCCCUGAUCAACAAUAUCAUUGAGAUCCGGAGCGAUGCCUUCAAGUUGUGUACGGGGCUCCAACGGCCCUUUGGGCAGCGGGUGGAAAGCAUUGGAGAGUGGCAGAAAGUGAUGGAGGCCAUGGGCGUCUUGGCGAUUGUGGUGAACUGUUACCUGAUUGGCCAGUGUGGGCAGCUGCAGCGUCUUUUUCCUUGGCUGAGUCCGGAAGGUGCUAUAAUAUCUGUGGUGGUGCUAGAGCAUUUUGCCCUUUUGCUCAAAUAUAUUAUCCAAGUUGCAAUUCCUGAUAUCCCGGCCUGGGUUGCAGAAGAGAUGGCCAAGCUUGAAUACCAGAGGCGAGAGGCCUUUAAGAAACACGAGCGACAGGCCCAGCACCACUUCCAGCAACAGCAGCGUCGUAAACGGGAGGAAGAGGAGCGUCAGCGCCACGCCGAAUAUCACGCCCGGAAAGAACGUGAGAGCAGCCGGGAGGAAGGCAAGGCUAAUGGUGGCGGGCAGGAUCCUGGACACGAGAAGAGUCAGCCCAAAGGGAAGGGUCCAGGAGGGUCGAGCCACGGAUCCGAGAAACCCAAACGGCCCAGCUCCCUCCUGGCCACCAACAACGUUAUGAAGCUCAAGCAGAUCAUCCCUCUACAGGGCAAGUUUUUAUCAGGGAGCACAGGGGCAUCUGGCCCUGGGACGGCCCGUUCACCCCAGUCCCCCACUAGUACUGAUAACAAACUACCUGGCUUCCUUAGUUUCAAGUUCCUUAAGUCCCCAGAGACAAAACGGGAAGCCAACACUGAGAAGGUGCAGUCACCCACUAAGCCUUUCAACCCCAGCAAACUGUUCAACUUCAGCAAAUCCGAAGGGGGCAAUGGGGCAUCCUCCCCGCCACGGCCCGGCCCUUCGGCAGAUGCAGGCGAAAAGCCUUUGGCCGGCAGAUCACAUCUCAACGGGUUGGCAGAUGAGGAGGUGUCUGAGGACCUGGAGAUCCGAACAAUGGUGGUGGAGGAGGAGGGGCCGAGCCACAAACUCUAA